AAAUUUCUAAAAUUUUUUUUGUUCAGCCUCAUGAACUGAAUUGACUCGCAGUCGUCGCGACUGAAAAUCCGAUCAAUUCCUGAUAGAAAUCCAGCGAUUCGGAUUAUAAUUAUCAUCCGCUUUGUCGUUUUUUCUGUUUUUGAUCUUUUGUUCAGAAAUGGCGAAUUUAUUCUGCGAUUUCCGCUUCCUACUUCUGAUUGCAGCUGUGGUGUUCAUCUACAUCCAGAUGCGGCUAUUCGCGACACAAUCUCAAUACGCAGAUCGGCUAGCUGAGGCAGUUGAAUCAGAGAAUCAUUGUACCGGUCAAAUGCGAUUACUAAUUGAUCAGAUAAGCAUGCAACAAGGACAAAUAGUGGCUUUUGAAGAUGAAAGGAAACGCCACUUUGAAGAACGCCUCCAGAUGAAGACUCUCCUUCAAGAUCUUGAAAGGAAAGGUCUGCAGCAACUCACAGACAAAACACAGGUGCCUGUGGCAGCUGUUGUAAUUAUGGCAUGCAAUCGUGCAGAUUAUCUGGACAAGACUAUUAAGUCUGUUCUAAAAUAUCAAACACCUGUUGCUUCAAAAUAUCCUGUUUUUGUUUCCCAGGAUGGUUCAAACCCAGAUGUAAAAAAAAAGGCUCUUAGCUUUGAUCGGCUGGCCUAUAUGCAGCAUUUAGAUUAUGGAGAAGUGGAAACUGAAAGGCCAGGGGAGUUGAUUGCAUAUUACAAAAUUGCACGUCAUUACAAAUGGGCGUUGGAUCAAUUAUUCUAUAUCCAUAAGUUCAGCCGAGUUAUUAUACUUGAAGAUGAUAUGGAAAUUGCUCCGGAUUUUUUCAGUUACUUUGAGGCUGCUGCAAUGCUACUUGAUAAGGAUAAGACCAUAAUGGCCGUCUCUUCAUGGAAUGACAAUGGACAAAAGCAGUUUGUGCAUGAUCCUUAUUUACUGUAUCGCUCAGAUUUCUUUCCAGGACUUGGUUGGAUGUUAACCAAGUCUAUUUGGGAUGAACUAUCACCGAAGUGGCCCAAGGCUUAUUGGGAUGACUGGUUGAGGUUGAAGGAGAAUCACAAAGGUCGCCAAUUUAUUCGUCCAGAAGUGUGCAGAACAUAUAAUUUUGGUGAGCAUGGUUCCAGUAUGGGUCAAUUUUUCAAGCAAUACCUUGAGCCAAUCAAGUUGAACGACGUUCAAAUCGACUGGAUGUCUAUGGAUUUGGGCUACCUGAUGGAGGACAAAUACGUGAAGCACUUUGCAGAUGCUGUUAAAAAAGCAAAACCGGUUUAUGGAAAUGAUGCAGUUAUGAAGGCUUUUAAUGUUGCGGGUGAUGUUCGAAUUGAGUACCGAGACCAAUCAGACUUUGAACACAUUGCUCGUCAGUUUGGUAUUUUUGAAGAGUGGAAGGAUGGUAUUCCAAGGACCGCGUAUAAAGGAGUGGUGGUUUUUAGGCACCAAACACGAAGGCGUAUAUUCCUGGUUGGCCCAGAUUCUCUCAAGCGUUUGGGAAUAUAAAGCACGCAUGGAUAUAUGAGACACAGAGCACGGUCGACCUACUAAUUAUUCGAUCUCGUGAACUUCUCUAACAGCCCAUUCUCAACUUACUGCAUAGGCAAAUUCUUCGCGUUCCACUGGUUGGCUUUUUUCUCGGGGACGAUGGCAAACGUGCUGCUGGUUUCAGGCAAGAAAAAAAUGUCCUUUUGGCUAAAUUUGUUAGUAUUUUAAUUUGAUUAGGUGAAGUUGCUGUUGAAAAUUAGCAUGUUAAGGUAUAGUCAGCUUCAUAUCUAGAUGUCAAUUCAAACGUUUCUUUCAAGGUGUGGUGGGGUUUUGGCAAGUUCUCACUACUGCAAAAUAAGAGAGAUAGAACAGAACACAGAUGCAUUCUUAUUCUGUAGGUUCCAACUUAAAUCUGAGCCUUCUUUGUUGGCACGCUGGUGUUGCUUGAAUCUGAAAGGGAUUGUAACUUGAAGAUCAUACAAUUCUUUUUUGCUUUGCUUUGUCCAACAUUCAUACUCUUACAACAGGUUUUUCUUGGUUUAUAACUCAAAUGUUGGUUUGGGCA